AUGCCGAUCCCGAAACUUACUCCUGGCCCCGGCGAAACUUACGAUGCUAGCCAAAAGCCGCCACCGUUCGGGCAUCCGUUGAAGGCUUACUUCGCGCUAGACGAGGACUACGUUAAUCUCAACCACGGAUCGUACGGGUCCCUUCCUCUCCCGCUCAUAUUCAAGAUCAACGAACUGAGCUAUGAGAUCGAGAGGAACCCAGACAAGUUUCAUCGGUUGACGUUUCGACCCGAGGUGGAAAGAUCUCGGGAGGCGGUUGCGAAGCUUGUUGGCGCAGAGGCCGACGAGAUCGUCCUUGUGCCCAACGCGACGCACGCGCUGAACGUCGUUCUCCGUAACUUUGAGUGGCGCGACGGCGAUGUUCUCAUCGGAGCAAGCACCACAUAUGGCGCGGUCGCGAACACGAUCAAGUACCUCGCCGACCGCUCGGAGGGCCCGCGUCCGGACGCGGCUAGCGUUGAAUACAACUUCCCGCUCACGCACACCCAGAUCGUGGACAUUUUCCGCGCGAAGAUCCGGGAGGUCAAACAGCAGUAUCCGGAGUCGCGGUUUACCGACAUCCCAGCGUUGUCUCCCGGAUUCACGGAGGACCCGGCGGGGAAGAAGAACAAGCUCGUCGCCGUCAUAGACUCUAUCACAGCGAACCCCGGUGCCCUAAUGCCUUGGAAGCAGAUGGUGCGCGUUGCGCACGAGGAAGGCGUGUGGACCGUCAUCGACGCGGCGCACAGCAUUGGCCAGGAGCCGAAUAUCAACUUGACCGAGGCCAAGCCGGACUUCUGGCUGUCCAAUGCACACAAGUGGUUGUACGCGAAGCGCGGAUGCGCCGUUCUAUAUACUCCCCGCCGGAACCAGUACAUCAUCAAGUCCUCCAUUCCUACAUCUCACGAAUACAUCUCUCCCAAGGAUCCUCAGUACAAGAUCAAGGGUACAAACUACGUCAACCAGCAUAUAUGGACAGGGACAAGCGACCUGUCACAAGCUGUAACUGUUACGGAGGCCAUCGCGUUCCGCGAGUGGUUGGGCGGUGAGAAGGCCAUUUACGACCAUUGCCACAAAGUAGCCGUGGAUGGUGCGAAGAAACUAGCCGAGGUUCUGGGCACGCGCGUUAUUGACGAGAGCGGCGAGCUCACCGCAAUGAUGUCCAACGUUCAGCUGCCCCUUCCCACCAAGGACGAGAAGCCCAUCAACCUCGAGAUCUACCUGGAAGUUGACGCGUACUUGAAGGAUCAGUUGCUCAACAAGUGGAAGACGUAUGCGGCACACUUCUACCACAACGGGGCGUGGUGGGUGCGCUGCAGCGCUCAGGUCUACAACGAGGUCUCGGAUUUUGAGUACUUGGGGAAGGCGCUCAACGCGGUAUGCCAGGAGGUCAAGGAUACCAUCUUGUCAAAGUACUAG